UUGCUUCUGUGGACCUUCCUCUCCCUGGCGGCCUCUUUCCUCCUGCCUGCAACAGGGGAGGUGAUGAGCAGUUUCGACUCCUGCAGUCAGUUCUUCUUGGGUGGGAAACCCCCCCAAGUUGGUGCCAAUGAAUCCGGCCAGAAUCUGCCAGUUCUAUAGAAACCGUUAUGAAUUUGCCACAAUGUACGAUAAAGAUUUGCGCAUCCCCCUGUUCUCAGCAUAUAAAUAUCGAUUUGAAGACAGUGAAGCACAGAAGGACUGGAUGAUUGAACCACAGCUUGCAAUGCCUUGGGACCAGCAACGCAAAAACAUGGAAUCGGAACAGGAUAGUGGAAUCGACCCCAAGGAACUUGCAAAGGGUCAGGCUGUUUUGAAGGAUUACGCAGGCACUUUGUCCUACAUCAAGGGGCAGCUGGCACCAUUUUCCCAUCAACUGGAUCAGGAUAGCAAAGAUGCAACCUUCACCUUAACCAACGUUGUGCCCCAGUUUAAAGAUCUUGCUAAUGGAUACUGGAAGCAAUAUAUAAGCAAUAUGAGAAAAGACGCAGAUGGAUGCAGUGAAACAUAUGUCAUUACGGGUGUGGUACCCGGUGAAGAUUCGAUCUCUGAAGGCAGAGUGAAUAAGCCCAGUUAUAUCUGGACUGCAGUUUGUUGUGUGUAUCCAAACCUCCACAAAACUUCCUGGUGAUUCAUUGCUGAUAAUACGUGGAAUCACUUAGAAAGGCUUAACUUGAGGCAGCUGGAACAAAAUCUUCAAGUCAAAUACGGGAAGCCCAUUAAUCUUUUCAAUGGUGCUUGCUAUGUCCAUGAAUAAUAAUUAAUAAGGUCACUCUCUGUCAGCCAAAUAGAGUUCACAAAG